AUGGGAUCCCUCCAGCCUCUAAACAUUUUCUUAAGUCAAGAGAUUGACCGCAUGCAGCGAGUAAUUGGUCUAGUGCGCACCACCCUCAUGGACCUGAAGCUGGCCAUAGAUGGCACAAUCAUCAUGUCUGAGAACCUCAGGGACGCCCUGGACAACAUGUUUGAUGCUAGGGUACCCAACAACUGGAAAAAGGUUGGUUCAAAACUUGAAAGGUAUCUUGCCAGUCCACAACACUGGUUUACUGACCUGCUGGACCGUAAUGUCCAGUUCAACUCCUGGCUCUUUGAAGGUCGUCCAACCACAUUCUGGAUGACUGGCUUCUUUAAUCCCUAG